AUGAAGUUAUUUGAAUCAGAACAUUCUUUUAAUUACCCAUGGGAUCAAGUUACUGCUGCUAAUUGGCAAAAAUACCCUAAUGAAUUAGCCUCACAUGUUAUAUCUGUUGAUAUUUUACAGCGAGAAAUGAUUAAUAACAAUACGACAUUGAGAACAGAAAGGUUGAUUGGCUGUAAACAACCUAUUCCGAAAUGGUUAUCGUUUGUGGUGGGAGGCGCAACUGUGAGUUAUGUGCGUGAAGUCAGUGAGGUUGACUUGGUUAAUAGGACCCUAGUGAUGAAAUCCAUGAAUUUGACUAUGAAUAAUUUAUUAUUGGUAAAGGAAACUGUUAUUUAUAAACCGGACGACGAAUUACCUCAUAACAAAACUGUAUUCCAUCAAAGUGCUGAGAUCACUGCAUUUGCUUCGUUAAGCAGACUUUGUGACAAGUUGGAAGAUUGGUCAGUGGAACGGUUUGGCCAGAAUGCCAAAUCUGGUAGAUUAGCGUUUGAAAAUGUUUUGAAUAAAUUGACAUUGAAGUGGGAAGAAAAUGGGAUCUUUGAGAAUAACAAGAUCUUGCAGGAGGUUAAGAAUUUACUGAUUUAG